GAGUGGUUGCUAUUUAAAGCAAAGUUUGUGCAAAGAAAACCGAAAGUUAUUUCUUAUACCCUUCACUAAAUAUGUCGUCAAAAAGCGUAAUUCCUAAUACAGUUAAUCCUGAUCUGCAAAAGGAACGCGAUGCGGCCAGCUUCAGCAGCGAAGAAUUUGCGGCCUGGUGGGCGGGCGGCGCAGAUAAACUAAACUUUAAGAGAAGCGUCAAAGAGUAUAUGUAUAAGGACAUUGAUCGCGCUGAGUACGCCCAGCUGUAUUACAAGUCGCAUGAGGAUAUGUGUGAAUUCGCCGUCAAAAGCAGCAUCAACGUGGCGAAAAAGCUGCGCCAGCUGCAGUCGGAGCGAAAUCCUGGAGGCAACGAAUACUGGCCCACUCUCUUUGAAGAGCCGGAAAUGUGGGGCCUGCACCUGGCUGGCAAUCCCUUUGGCGUGAUGUACGUAAUGGUAGUGAAAGCCUUAAAGGCACAGUGCACACCCGAGCAGUACGAGGAGUUUGGCAAGCGCCUGGAACGCUUCGAAGUAACCGCUGCCUAUGCCCAGACGGAACUGGGUCAUGGAACCUAUCUGCGUGGCCUGGAGACACGCGCCGACUUCGAUCGCGAUACGGAUGAGUUUGUCCUCAACACGCCCACCAUUUCCUCCUACAAAUGGUGGCCCGGCGGCUUGGGUCACAGUUCCAACUAUAGCCUGGUCAUGGCGCAGCUGUAUAUCGAUGGCGAGCUGAAGGGACCCCACUUGUUCUACGUGCAGGUGCGCGAGGAAGACACUUUCGAGCCAAGGCCGGGCGUACACAUCGGCGAGAUUGGCAAGAAGAUGGGCUUCCUGGGCGUCAACAACGGCUUCUUGGGCAUGAAGAACGUGCGCAUUCCACGCAGCCGCAUGAUGAUGCGCCACGCACAGGUGCUUCGGGAUGGCAGCUACGUAAGGAGUCCUGUGGAUGCUCUCGCCUACUUUGCAAUGGUCUCCACGCGCUGCGUCAUUGCCCGCAACGCGGCUCUGCUUCUGGCCAUUGGAGCAACUAUUGCCACUCGCUACUCCGCCGUGCGCCGACAGAGUCCCAUCGAUCCCAAAUUACCCGAACCCCAGAUCAUAGAUCACGUUACACAGCAGCUGAAAGUGUUCCCGGAAAUAGCAGCCAGCGUGGCAUUUCACCUGGCCUCCGGCUACCUCUGGGAUCUAUUCAAUGUGACCACCAAGGACAUAGACCAGGGCAAAUACGAGCGUCUGCCGGAGCUGCACGCACUCUCGUGCGCCUUGAAGGUGAUUUCCUCCAGUGAUUCCACUGAGGGAAUCGAGCGACUGCGUCUGGCAUGUGGUGGUCAUGGUUAUCUGGCGUCGGCCAAUUUGGCCAAUCUUUAUGCGAGUGCAACCGCCGCGUGCACCUACGAGGGCGAGAACACGGUGCUCCUGCUCCAGAUCGGUCGCUUCCUGAUGAAGUCCUGGCGUGCGGCACAAAGCGGCGCUCCUUUGGCCCCCACCGCCAGCUACUUGGCGGACGUGCAGCGGAAUCCCGAAUUCGGUGCCUGGACAGGCAGCUGGGAGAACAUGGUGAAGGCGAUGCAGUUCGCUGCCGCCAACAAGACACGCAUCGCCUUCAACAGUCUAUCGAAGCGUUUGGCCAACGGCGAGUCCGAGGAGGUGGCCUCCAACCACACGGGCAUAGAAUUAGCCCAGGCAGCUGAGCUGCAUAGUCGCGCCUUUGUGCUUAACUCUUUCCUCUCGGAGAUAACCGGGCCAAAGUCCAAAGCGCGUUCGUCUGCACUGAACCGCGUGCUGGAGCAACUGCUGGAGCUGUACCUGGUCAAUAUCACUCUGAAGAAUAUGAGCAAUAUUUUGCGAGUUGUCCACUUGACGGACGCGGAUCUCUGCCAGCUGCAGGCACGUCUGGAAACGGCACUGACCAAACUGCGGCCGGAGGCGGUGACCAUUGUGGAUGGCUUCGACUUUUGCGAUGAGCAAUUGAAUUCCACUUUGGGCUCCUUUGAUGGCAAUGCCUACGAGCGGAUCUUCGAUGCGGCCUUAAAGGCGCCCAUGAACCAGAAGUCGGUGCCAAAGAGCUUCCACGAGCACCUGGGUCCAUUUAUGAAGUCCAACAUAUAAACGCUCUUCUUUUAUUCGUCAGUUAAUGCUAUCUCUUCUUGUACAUAUUAACCUCUUAAUUGCUUUGUAAACAGUUUCUUAA